GGCGACGUGCACACGACUUAUUUUUUGUUUUUUUUUUAAUCCUUGCGCAGAGGCCAUGCCAAUCUUCUCUGUCUCGAUAUCAGAGGAGGAGAAGGAGGAUGAAGAAGACGAAGAGGAAGAAGAGGAGGAGGAGGAGCAGGAUAACGAGGAGGACGAGCAGGAUAAGGAGGAGGACGAGCAGGAAAAGGAAGAGGAGGAGGAGGAGGAGGACGAUGACGAAGACGAAGAGAAAAAGGAGGAGGAGGAGGAGGAGGAGGAGGAGGAGCAGCAGCAGGAUAAGGAGGAGGACGAGCAGGGCAAAGAGGAGGAGGAGGAAAAGGAAGAAGAAGAGGAGGAGGAGGAAGAGGAAGAAGAAAAAGAGGAAGAUGCGGAGAGGUGACGGAAACGAAGAGGAAGAGCAAGAGGAGGAAGAGGAGGAGUAGCAGACCUACGUGAAAGACCGGAGGCGAUGGCUGCUCGGCGACGCGCAGAACCCGUGUCCACGUUCUGUGAGCAUCGACGUUGAAUGCCGACACCGUCGUCGCGCGCGGCGGAGAGACAAAGCCGCGCGAUCUCGAAUUUCAAAAAUGCCCGAUCGGGGCUGUAGAUCUUCAAGAUCUAACGGCCUCACUCGGGCCUUAUUUCACUUUUGGAGGCCCACCUGUCCUCGGAAAAUUCGUCGUGGGGCCCUCGGCGGUAGAGUAGAGGGCGUCCGCCACUGACCGCCAGCGGCCCAAUAUGUGCGAAACCGGGUAAGCGGCAUUUUUUCACAAGCCCCUCUGGCCCCGGGCGAACAAUUGGGGUGGAUGCCUGGGCCGCCCUGGUAGAACAUAGGUGACUAGAUACACUGCUACAGUAGUGGUUUAGAGCUUGAAAUCAAUGAAAUGCCCUUUUUCCU